UGGAGGGAGCUCGGAGUAGAGCCGCUGCUCCUUUGUGUUGAAAGGGGUCAGUUGAGGUGGUUUGGGCAUCUGAUCAGGAUGCUUCCUGGGUGCCUCCCGUUGGAGGUGUUUUGGGCAAGUCCCACUGGUAGGAGGCCCCAGGGCAGACCCAGAACACGCUGGAGGGAUUACUUAUCUCAUCUGGCCUGGGAACGCCUCGGGGUCCCCCAGGAGGAGCUGGAAAGCAUUGCUGGGGAGAGGGACGUCUGGGGCGCUUUGCUCGGCCUGCUGCCCCAACGAACCAGCCCGAAUAAUCAGAUGAAGAUGGAUGGAUGGAUGGAUGGAUGGAGAAAUAUCCAGUGUGUAUGAUUUACGGGAUUAGUGGCAUCUAGUGGUGAGGAUUGCAGAUUGCAACCAGCUGAAACUUCUCCUGGUUAUGAUUCCUUUAGUCUUCAUUGUCCAGUAGGUUUUUACUGGUGGCCAAAUUAUACAAAGUGGUCUCUUCCACUUCAAAACAAACGGACGAGCUGAUUUGAACUGGUACAAAUGCUGAAUAAAGCAGUUUCACAUUAAAAAUGAGUGUUUCUCCUUGUUUAGCACGGUGCAGACGGGCCACGAGCCCACCACCUGCAAAUGGUGCUCACAUUUUCUCUCUAAUAACUUAAGAUCUGGACAUUUAGGAGGUGGGCAAAAAAUGCAGAUGGCUCUAUCUAAAACCAGUGUCUGUUCUGGACUACUGUAGAGAAAUGGCAGUUCAAAAUGACAAUCUCUGUGGAUGAGGACCUGCUCCCCAUGCAGAUAUAACCAGCUCAUUCUGCAGUAACGAAAACACAAUUAUUCUUAUUUUCAGAUGAUUAUACACUAAAGAAAACAUACUAAUUAUAUUGUAAUCCACUUCUGCCAAUAUAUCCCCGUAAAUCCUACACCUAAGUCCUCCUUUAAAAGGAGAGACAGGGCUACAAUCUGCUGGAGUGUUUUCCAGCAUUGACAGAAACCACCCGUUGGUGUGUUUGUGUUUCUUCUCACUCCUGUGUCCUCCUGAAAUAUAUAUGACAUCUAACUAGAGAUCACUCUGAGUGUCAGCAGGCCAUCAGAGGUAGCGUAACAAGAUACAUGUUAGUAAACUUGAUAGUGCUGGUCAAGCUCAGUGGGGUCAUCUCCAGGCCUGUGCCCCAGUUCAACACUAAAUACCUUUUCCAGGAAAGUUUGUGCAGCUGUUUUGAAUUCUGCUCACCUUCUUGUGUCUUACUUCUACACCUCCUGCAUUUGUUGGUUUUUUUCCACUAAAAAAACUGACAGAAAACUUCAAGCAACAUUUUUCCAUAAAGAAGGAAAUGUCAUCUUUUUGACUCAGCUGGAGUCUGCCCUGUUUGACAGAGCAGAGAACCAGAUGAGGGGUGGUGACACGUCCUGUAUUUACUACAAGUGAAGCAAACCUGUUUUUCAAGUCCCUGUUGAUCUAUAACCCUGGUUGCUCAUAAACUGUGUCCAGAUUGCCCUGUGGUCUCACACAGAAGCCAGAGAGGAGCACUGCUUCUUCCUAACUGCUCUUUCUAAAACAAACAGCUGCAGCUAUAAAAGCAGUCCCCCGUCAACAGGAACCCGCCAUGGCGCUGCGCCCACGUGCUUCCUCUCAGCCUGGAAAACUUUCUUUCUUCCAGAGUCCCAAGUUGGCCUCUGCCCUUCGACCGCGGGCCGUUUCUUCGCGCUCGGGCUCCAUGCUGGAAGAGGAGCUGUCUUGUCCUGUCUGUUGUGAGAUCUUCAAGGAGCCCGUGGUGCUCAAGUGCAGCCACAGCUUCUGCCGAGACUGCCUGCAGCAGUUCUGGAACAAGAAGAAGGCCAGGCGCGAGUGUCCCGUGUGCAGGAGGAAGUGCUCCCUGACAGAGCCCACGGUCAGCCUGGCGCUGAAGAACGUGGCCGACACCUUCCUAAGGGAGCAGAAUCGCAGGGCGGCCAUAGCUGGAACAGGGGAAGGGGCCGACGGGACAGGAGGGCAAGACGGGAUAGGGAUAGUGGAGGUGGAGUGCGCCACACAUGGGGAAGUUCUCAAGCUCUUCUGUCUGGAUGACUUUGAAGUCCUCUGCUGUAUAUGUCACACCUCUAAGAAGCACCAGGGACACCGAGUCUGCCCCAUAGAUGAGGCAGCUCAGGACCUUAAGGCAGAGCUGAGGAAUGAUGUGAUUCCUCUGAAGAAGAACCUGCGUUGCCUGUAUGAAGCCAAGCAGGAGUGUGAUGACACAACUGUGCACAUCAAGAACCAGACUCAGGCCACAGAAAAGCAGAUCAAAGAGGAGUUUGAGCAGCUGCGGGAGUUUCUGCAGAGGGAAGAGACAGCUCGACUGGCUGCCCUGCGGCAGGAGGAUGAGGAGAAGAAAGAGCUGGUGAAGAAAAAGUCAGAGAGCAUCACCAGAGGUAUCCUCACCUUCUCUCACGCCGUUAUUGCCAUUGAGAAUGAGAUUGCUUCUAGCGAUGCUCUCUUCCUGAAGAAUUACGCCAACACAAAGAAAAGAGCACAGAUCCCACCGAACAAUCCAGAAAAAGUGUCAGGUGCUCUUAUAAAUGUGGCCGAGCACAUCGGUUCCCUCAAGUACCAUGUGUGGGAGAAGAUGGUGGAGCUGGUCCAGUACACUCCCAUCACCCUUGACCCCAACACUGCCUACUCCUGGUUGUCCCUCUCCACCGACCUGACCCGUGUCGCCAACAGCGGAUGCCUCCAGAAGCUCCCAGACAAUCCAGAACGUUUUGGCCACUUUGUGUUCAUACUUGGCUCAGAGGGCUUUACAUCAGGCCGCCACGCCUGGGAGGUAGAGGUGGGCGACAAGGCGGACUGGAUGCUUGGGGUGGUCAAGGAGUCCAUUGAUAGGAAAGGCCGCAUAUCAGGCUGCCCUGAGGGUGGGUUUUGGAUGAUCUCGCACUAUGAGGGUGAGUACUCGGCCAUGACUAGGCCCAGCAUCCCGCUGCAUCCGCAGGGAGAGCUGACCCGAGUCAGGGUGCAGCUGGACUACGACUCUGGGGAGGUAACCUUUUCCAACCCCAUCAGCAUGACGCCCAUUUACACCUUUAAUGAUGUCUUCACUGAGACGAUGUAUCCCUUCUUCUGCCCUGGAGCCAACAUCAAUGGGAAUAACCCCAACCCACUUAAGAUCUGUCCUGCAAAGGUGGCUGUGUGGAACAGUGCCACAUGGUGAUUUAAAAACACCUUAUAAAGGACAUAUUGAAAAUUUAAGAAAUUACAGAAGUGUGUAUCAAAUCAUUUAAGAGCGUGUUUGUGUGUAAAAUGAGAUACAAGCAACAUAAUUGAAACUAACGGUUUAUUUCA